UUGCGCAGGCCAGUCGUCGGGUAAUCUCUCGUGUUCGCGUUACCAUUGGACGUGACACUGUCUCGCUGUGUAUUAAUAACGAGACGGUCUAUGACCAGUAACGUGUGUCAAGAGUAAACAGCCUCACAGUACCCUUAAUGAGAAGCAUCUAAUGAUACAAACAGAUAAAAAAAAUUGCCUUGACUAUGUGAUUGAUGUAGAGCUGCUGUAAUUGAAGAAACAAAAUUAUAAAACACCUGAAAAUUAUUAUUAAGUGAAAAGCAUCAAUUAAAAUAAUGAAUAUUCGUACAAAGCUAGCCAUCAUCUUUGGUGUAGGUUUAGUAAUAACACUUGUUGGAUUAAUAACAGGAAUAUGUUGGUCUUUAAUUUAUCAAGCACUUUUAUAUGCGCAAUUAUCAUUAACACCAUCAUCUACAAAUUAUGAACUUUGGAAAGCAACACCCAUCCCUAUGUAUCUAAAAGUAUACUUGUUCAAUUUGACUAAUCCAGAUGAUUUUACUGCUCUCAAUGGAUCAAAACCAAAUUUUGUGGAAAUGGGUCCUUACGUAUUUAGCGAAGUUGAUUACAAAGUAAACCAAACAUGGAAUGAAAAUGGUACUAUAACAUAUCAAAGGAAAAGGGUAUGGCAUUUUGAGGAAUCUAUGUCAAAUGGUAGUUUAUCUGAUAAUGUAACUAAUAUAAAUGCUAUAACAGCUAGUGUUGCAUACGCAUUACGACAUAAGUCGUCUGGUUUACGUGGAAUGGUAGAUGGAGUAAUGCGUGUAAUAGAUCAACAAUUGAUAAUCACCAAAACUGUAAAUGAAUUAUUGUUCGAAGGUUACGAUGAUAAAUUGCUAGACAUAGCUCGACGAUUAAAUAUGACUGAAAUUCCAUUCAGUAAAUUUGGUUGGUUUUAUAGUAGAAAUGGUUCUGCAUCUUAUGAUGGAACAUUUAACAUGCUUACCGGUUCAUCUAAUUUACGUGACUUGGGGAUAUUAAAAGAAUGGAAUUUUAAUGAUACAGUCAGUUAUUAUCCUGGGCAAUGUGGAGUAGUAGGUGGAACAAAUGGUGAUUUGUGGCCACCAUUACCCAAUAACGAGACUAUUAGUUUCUUCGUAUCUGAUAUUUGCACGACUAUGUCAGCGAAAUACGAUAACAUAACUGUUCACGAAGGAUUGACUGGUGUUAGGUAUAUUAGCGAUGGUACGAUACUUGAUAAUGGAACAAAAGUACCAUCUCGACAAUGUUAUUGCCAGGGAGAUUGCGUACCAUCCGGAGCAUUAAAUAUUUCAGCGUGUAAAUGGGGUGCACCGGCAUUCAUUAGCUUACCCCACUUUUAUUUGGCUGAUCCGAGUUACCGAGAAAAUAUUACAGGAAUGAUUCCUGAUAAAGAGAAACAUGAACUUUCAAUAUCCUUAGAACCGAAAACGGGAGUCCCACUAAAGAUACAUGCACAAUUGCAAUUAAAUAUAAUGGUUCUACAUGACGAUGUUAUGAAGAUGUUUGAAAAUGUUACGACUACCUUCGUCCCGACGCUAUGGUUUACACAGGAAGCUACUUUAACUUCCAAUUAUGCUAGUAUAGUCAAGUUCAUUAUAAUUCUGGAAUCAUUGGGCAGUGUAACUUUGUUUGGUAUUGCCGCUAUUGGUAUUUUAGUUUUAAGCAUUGGUCUUUUCUUAUGUAUUCGACACAGUUUAAGAGGUGAGGAGAGUCAAAUUUUAUUAUCACAAAAUGAUUUUGUUGACGGUGGCGGUAUCAAUCAUUAAUUAAUUAUAUUUUUAACGAAGAAAUUAUGAACUUAUAUAAAAAACAAUUAUGACCAAUGUGACAGUUAGAUAAGAAAUAAUUAUCAUCGUUAGAAUUCAAGAAUUGAGAGCAUUUAUAUAUUUUCAAAUCUUAUUAUAUGUUUCCUUAUUAUAGUUAGAAGAACAUAAGGUAGCACCAAAAUAAUUAUAAAAGAAGAAUUUAAUACCGUAAGAUUAACACAUUGUUCUAAUUGAUUAUAAGUGUGCUUACAAAGUAUUUCCAUGAUUUAAACAAGUGCCUCAUUGCCUUAACGAUAAUAGAUAGUUGUUGGAAGCAAUAAAAGAAAUAGUUUGUGAAGUUUAAAUAUUUAAAGAUGAUAUAUGUAUGUAUUAUAACUUAACGUAAAUGUUCUUAAAAUAUUUUUUUAGCAAUGCAUAUGAUAAUCUAGGUAUACAUGCCUAUGAAAUUAAAACUAAAAAGCUGAUAAGUAUUAGAAUGGCAUUAAUUAAGAUAAAUACAUGUUUGAGUCAAUCAUGUAGAUAAAGUUUUAGUAUUUACAACACUGUUAAUACUGUGAUAACUAGAAACUUCUUCCAUUGUAAAUAUAAUAGAAUCUAAUAGAAAUAAAAGGAUAUUAAUUUUAUACAAUA